CUUCAUUACAGCAGUGAGAAGACCCAGGUAAUUUACUCCACUCUGAUCCGGGAUUCAUCAUACAUUUCUGUAACUUAUUGAUCAUAUCAAUAGGAAAGGUACUAUUUUACUAUCAUCAGGAAUGGCCUCUGCGACAUUGUGGUCUGAGGAGGACUUCUCCUGUUCCAUCUGUCUGGAUGUGUUCAACAGCCCAGUUACCACACCAUGUGGACACAACUUCUGCAGAACCUAUAUUACAGUGUUCUGGGAUGACAUAGUCCAGUACAAAUGUCCUGUCUGCAACGAGCUGUUCCACACAAGACCUGUUUUACGGGUUAAAACCUUCAUAUCAGGGAUGGUUGAUCAGUUUAGAAGUUCUGUACGAGUCAAAGAGCAGCCUUGCGUUGAACCCAGAGAAGUUCCUUGUGACGUCUGUACUGGGACCCAGCUGAAGGCAGUGAAGUCCUGCCUGGUGUGUUAUACCUCUUACUGCCAGACCCACCUGGAGCCACAUCAGAGAGUCUCCCGUCUGAAGACACAUCAGCUGGUCGACCCUUUGGACAGUCUGGAAGACAGGAUGUGUAAGAAACACAACCGACUCCUGGAACUCUUCUGCCAGAAUGAACAGGUGUAUGUGUGUCAGUUCUGCACAGAGACAGACCACAAGUCCCACCCUCUUGUCCCUUUAAAGGAGGAAUAUGAAGUGAAGAUGGCCCAGCUGGGGAAGAUAGAGGCUGAAGUUCAGCAGAUGAUCAAGGAGAGACAACGAAAGAUUAAAGACAUCAUAGACAGGGUGGACCACAGCAAAGCAGACGCAGACAGAGAGAUAGCCGAUGGUGUGCAGGUCCUCACUGCUCUGAGGCGCUCUGUUGAAAAGUGUCUGGAUGAUCACAACAAAACGGUUCAAGAGAAACUGAAAUCCACAGAGAAAGAAGCUGAAGGCCUCAUCAAAGAGCUGGAGCAGGAAAUAAAAGAUCUGACCAAUAGAAGCUCAGAGGUGAAGCAGUUCACCCAAACUGAAGACCACCUCCACCUCCUCCAGACCUUCAGAUCCCUGAAGGAUCCUCCACCCACCAGGGACUGGACCACGGUGGAGGUCCGUCCUCCAUCAUACGUUGGGACCUUGAGGAGAGCCCUGGAUCAGCUGGAGGAGACACUGAAGAUGGAGAUGAAGAAGGUGCCUGACCUGAGAUCAGUUCCACACAAGUAUGCCUGUGACCUCACACUGGACCCCAACACGGCCUACAGUCACCUCUCUCUGUCUGAGGACAACAGGAAGGUGACGCUGGUUGGAGAGGACCAGUCGUAUCCGGAUCACCCAGACAGAUUUGACUCCUGGGACCAGGUGUUGGGUAGAGAGGCUCUGCCUGGCCGCUGUUACUGGGAGGUAGAGUGGGGAGGAUGGGUCUAUAUAGGAGUGACAUACAGAGGAAUCACAAGGAGAGGACGGGGUGGUGACAGCAGGCUUGGAGGGAACAACAAGUCCUGGGUUCUUUAUUGUUAUGAUGGUCGUUACUCUGCCUGGUACAACGGUAUAGAGACAGCCCUCCCUCCCCCCCCCGCUGGCUCCACCAGAGUAGGAGUGUAUCUGGACCGGCCUGCUGGCUCUCUGUCCUUCUACAGAGUGUCCCCAGGUGGAGGAGGGUCCUCAGACACACUGACACACCUCCACACCUUCUGGUCCUCCUUCACCCAGGAGGACCUCCUCCCGGGGGUGAGGGUUCAGGGGUGGUGGCGGCGGACCCCAAGGGGGGGGUUGCAGGGGUCCUCAGCAUCUCUGUGUCGGUAGAAAACAAAACGGGCGCGGGACACCUCGCUUUGUGCCGAGGAAAAAACAAAGGACCUCCUCCCUCAGCGUCGGGCUGCGUGCCCGUAAACACACACACACACACACACACACACACACACACACACACACACACACACACACACACACACACACACACACUCUGCGGGGCCUCUGUGGGGCCUCUGUGGGGGGGGGGUGCAGACUAAGUGUAGUAAAAAAAAAAAGUGCAGCCCCCUCCGCCCCGCCGCGCACACAAACGAACACGCACACACACACACACCGUGGUAACUCGGUACGGUAGAGGGGCACAAAGUAAGGACCAGGCAGGGUGUGAGGGUCCAAAGCCUCAAACGGCGGUUUAUUACACUCGUUUCCAAUAGCCACACAAGCGCACGCUGCACAUCAAAGACGGGGGGUUGCUCGAGUCGGGGUCCACGUGUCCGCCGUGCGGCUCACUAUACGGUGUCUUGAUCCUCUGCGUCGUCCUCUCUUCCACUCGACUCUCCCCGUUCUGUCGGCCGGUGGCCUCCUUUUAACACCUGGGUGUCUCCCGCCCAGGUGUUCCUCGUUUCCCC